UAUAUUAAACCCCUCCAUCAGCAGGCCAAAUCUACAGGCUCGCAUUAUAUCAAAAACCCAUCAACUCCAUCUGACCGUCCAUCAAUGGCAUCCGAAUCAAACCAACCCGGAUCCGACUCCACUAUUCCUGUCAACGGCGAAAUCACACCCAAAAUCGCCCUGAUCACCGGUAUAACCGGCCAAGAUGGUUCUUAUCUUACCGAAUUCCUCCUGAACAAAGGCUAUGAAGUUCAUGGCUUGAUCCGUCGGUCAUCCAAUUUCAAUACGCAGCGGAUUAACCAUAUUUAUAUAGAUCCACACAAUGCUCAUAAGGCCCGAAUGAAACUCCACUAUGCAGAUCUAAGCGACGCGUCGUCUCUCCGUCGUUGGCUCGACACCAUCAACCCCGACGAAGUCUAUAACCUGGCGGCCCAAUCACACGUGGCUGUCUCUUUCGAAAUCCCUGAUUACACGGCGGAUGUCGUCGCCACCGGAGCCCUCCGCCUUCUUGAGGCGGUGAGAUCUCAUAUUGCCGCGACAGGGCGGAGCCAUAUCAAGUAUUACCAAGCGGGAUCUUCGGAGAUGUUUGGAUCUACGCCGCCUCCGCAAUCAGAGACCACCCCGUUUCAUCCAAGAUCCCCAUACGCGGCGUCAAAAUGCGCGGCGCAUUGGUAUACUGUCAAUUACAGGGAAGCUUAUGGGUUGUAUGCUUGCAAUGGGAUUCUUUUCAACCAUGAAUCUCCACGUAGGGGAGAGAAUUUUGUGACCCGAAAGAUUACGAGAGCUGUUGGGAGAAUUAAGGUGGGGUUGCAGAAUAAGCUGUUUUUAGGGAAUUUGCAGGCGUCGAGGGAUUGGGGUUUCGCAGGGGAUUACGUGGAAGCAAUGUGGAUGAUGUUGCAGCAGGAAAAGCCUGAUGAUUACGUGGUUGCGACGGAGGAGUCGCAUACGGUGGAGGAGUUUUUGGAUGUGGCAUUUGGAUAUGUUGGAUUGAAUUGGAAGGAUCAUGUUGUGAUUGAUAAGAGGUAUUUUAGGCCUGCUGAAGUGGAUAAUUUGAAAGGGGAUUCGAGUAAGACGAGGAAAGUGCUUGGUUGGAAGCCUAAAGUUGGGUUUGAGCAAUUGGUGAAGAUGAUGGUUGAUGAAGAUAUUGAUUUAGCCAAGAGGGAGAAGGUUCUUGUUGAUGCUGGCUAUAUGGAUGCCCAGCAGCAACCUUGAACUGAUACAUCCGGUGCUCUCCUCUGGUUCAGAAAUUAAGUUAUGGAGUGAAUGUCCCCGCUUUGAAUUGUUAGUCAUAAUUUUUUUUUCAUGCAUUUCAAGUUUAUAGGAGGAUUUUUAAUUUAUGCGUUCCUUAUUUUUCCUUCUUCAUAAUUCGUCAAUUGAAUGUGAGAUCAAAUCAUAUCAGAAUUGAAAUUGGAUCUUGAAUUUUGUGCAA